AUGGCCACUUCGCCCAAGGUCCUCAUAUUGAUGGCCGACUAUGGCCAUGAUCCUACAGAAACCGCCGUUCCAUACACGGCCUUCAAGGAGGCCGGCUUUGAUGUCCGCUUUGCUACAGAGAAUGGCAAGGCCCCAGAGUGCGACAGGCGCAUGUGCGAGGGCGUUAUCCAGAAGCUGCUGGGUGCCAAGCAAGAGGCCGUAGGAAUGUACCGCAAGAUGGUAGCCUCGGAAGAGUGCAAGAACCCCUUGGCCUGGUCUGCCCAAGGCUUCUCGCUGGACCAGUUUGACAUGUGCUUCCUUCCAGGAGGCCACGAGAAGUCUGUCCGCCAGCUCAUCGACUCUGACACCGUCCAUAAGCUGUUCGCCUCGUACUUCCCCCAGACCAAGAAGCCUGGGAAGAAAGUCGUCGGUGCUGUCUGCCAUGGUGUCAUGGUCCUGUCGGAGUCCAAGGGUGACGAUGGCAAGAGUGUCAUCUAUGACUGCACCACCACCUCGCUCCCCGCCAGGUUCGAGCAGGUCGCCUUUUGGGGCACGAGAGCAUUUCUGGGAGACUACUACAAGACGUACGGGCAGGGAAGCGAAGAUGUCGAAAUGAGCGUAAGUCUCGCCCCUCCAUCGAGCCCCGGCCCGAGCGAGCGAGCAAGGGAUAACAAGCAUGUGCGGGGUUUCGUUGUCGAAGACCCAAACUACAACUACAUCACUGCCAGAUUCCCCAACGACGUCGACCUUCUCUCGGAGAAACUCGUCAAGCUGGUGCAGAGCCUCCAGUAA